CUCUUUUUUCGGAAACUAGCGGUCGGAGAACUCACGAUUAUAUUGUAGUGUCCAAUCUCUUGAUAACACCGUAGCGUUUUGCAGCAGUAAGGGUGGUCAGUUCAGUCCAGCAAGGCUUUGUUGGUCUGCGAUGUCCAUUUCAAUCGGUAAAGUUGCUACGUGGGAAGGAAAACACAUCAACCAUUCCGGCGAUACACGCACGCUGAGUAGCGGGGAGGUGGUGAAGAUAUUCGACUACGUCCUGACAUGGGACGAUGAUUGUGUUGGGGAAGAUCUCUCCAGGAACUGGCGAAAUCUGGGCGAUCCUCUUUGCGAUGAUGCCCUGGAAACGGUUUUCCUGACUUCAUCUUCCAGCGUAGGGAAAGACCUGCUUGCUACCCUCGAACGCUUCACUGCUGAGAAUCCGGAAGAUGAGCCGGUGCAUCGUUUUCUUGAGGAAGUGCGUCAAGUGCCGCCGCCCGCCGUGAGAGUGAACGAGCGAGACGUGCGACUUGCCCAGCAACUAUUCUUGGACAACAGUAUCGAGAUUGUUCAAGCGCUUUUGCACUACAGUCUGGCAGGAGGUUUCGCCAGCCCGCGAAUUGUACGCACGCUCCAAGCAGUUUCGUAUCUCGUCCCUCACUCCAGCAAGCACGCGAACGAUCAAGCUAAAGAGCUAGACAAUUCGUUGUCAUCUCUUCAGAGGUCGUCUCGCAUUACAUCGGCCUCCAACGAGCGCACGUUCUCGCGGUUACUUGAAACCUUCCAAUUUGUGCUAGAUGUAUUGGCCUGUUCAGCAUCGCCUCCAGUCGACGAUCAGGGCGCAAUUGAUCCUUCCGAGAAUACUGCAAAUUCUCAAUGCGUCCAAGAUGGCACUGCUGCGGCAUAUUUAUUACCAGGUGGGCUUGGAUGGCGUUCCACAGUAAACGUCCGACUACUACAUGGAAUUGCACGAAUGCGAGUCAAAGAGCGAUGGAGGAAGCAAAGCAUUUACGAUGACCGCGUUCCGAUUAAUCAAGAAGAAUUGGGUGGCACACUUGCCGCAUUCUCGACAAUUCCGAUGUGGUGCCUCCGUCGCCUGCAUGUUCCUCCAUCUGACGCACAUGCAAAUGCAUAUCUCGCACUCUGGCGGCACGUCGGAUUCUACUUGGGCGUCUCACCGUCCAUCCUCCUACGCUAUUUCUCCAACUCAGCAACAGCGGACAAGUUCGUCGCUACGACCGCACUGCAUCUAUUCUCGGACGAUGGCUCAGAUGCUGCAGACGCGCCUACGAUUCCAAUCCUACGUGCAGCCUCAGACCGACCGCCGACGUACACCUCCUUUGAGUACAAUUGCGCACUCACAUGGUACCUGUUGGGCCCAUCGCUCGCAGCCCGGCUUGGCCUUGGGGCUCCAAGUCUGCGCAUGCGAAUUCGUAUGCAUGCUUUGCUUCUGCUGCAGCGUGUGCCACACUGGUUCGCACGGUGGUAUCCGCGCAAGGGAUGGAUUCUGAAACGAAGGGCGGCGCUCAAAGAAGGUAUCGCGCGCAGCGUCCGCUGGAGCCUCGGCAUGCGACGCGCCUCGUUUCGACCACGCACUGCCAUCGCCAUUGCUGGAGCUAGUAAUGUCACUGAUGCUGGCGAAGGCGGUGAUUUGGCACCAGGCGUGAAGGAGGCGGAGAGCGUGAAGCCUGACCCGGCAGGCGCAGCAGCAUUGGUAAAGCAGUGGAGGGAAGUGCUUGUCGAGAUGGCCACUGUUUGUGCGGGAGUAGGACUUCUAGGCAUUGGUCUCUUGUAUACAACGAUACAAUGGUCCUGGGCAUAUCUUUGAAUCCGAUCAUACACGUAACCUUGGAUAACUGUAGAGACAGAAGCAUAGAAGGCACGUUGUCAAGGCUGAUUGCAUAUAGGUACAUACGCAUCGUGCUAUCACUACUGGUACUGACGCAAAUAAAUGAUGUCGUCCAAACUUCAGAAUGGAUUCCUGCACUGCCCACAGAAGCUUCGAAGGUCACAUGUAGGACGAUUCAGAGUC